AUGGCGGAGCCAACGGCAGCACAACAGGAGGACAUGAGACCAUGGAAGAGACCUUAUGUUUCAGAAGAUCGCAGAGCAAUGUGGCCUUUUGGACGUAUGCCGGAUGUGGUAUCGGUCCCUGCAACCCCAGCACAGGCGUCCUGCGAACAAGUUCCUCCAGAAGCGAUCCCGGAGCGGGCAUCGCCACUUUCAGGGUUUCUGUCAUCACAGACUGUUCCUGAGACGCCCAUGCCUACUCGGAAAGAGCCAGGGCAGUGGACUCCAAGCCCGCCGGUCAAAAGGAAAGGAGUCGGAUUCACAUUUGCUCCCUUGAAGGAGGGUGCACAGAGAAACUACAAGGCUGAACUCCGUAACUUUCUUGCGUGGCGAAAGUACCACGAUGGGCGGACUGCACAGGCUAGGCCAGAAGUCUACAGCGCUGAGAAGCUGGCGGAGGACAAGUUUCAGUCGACGGUGACCAUUCCGCCUAUGGGGCCCAGAGUCUAUCAGGGCGAGGUGCGUGAGCGGCAGAAUUUGGCAGAGCAGUCCGCAGCGAAGGCCUUCUUUGAGCAUCCUGACAAUCAGUAUGAGCUCGAAAAUUUGGCAUCGAAGCAGUCUACCGUCUUAGAGGUGCCAGCCAAGAAGCCCAAAAAGGCAUCAGAUGUACAGGCACCGGAGCCGUCCGCAGAUCUGGAGGACCCUACAACUGGAGCAUCCGACUUCGUGGGGAGUCGUACUCCGGAGAUGAUGG